AUUUUUAGAAUAAAGUUUCUAAACUAAGGAGCAAAGGGGAUAAGGAAAAAGAAACCACGAACGCUGCAUGUCGCCCAUUUUCACCGUUCGCUGUAUGCUUAGAUCUUGCGCAGCAGUAGAACAAGGGCAACAUGCCAUGAUCAUUGUCCUUCUGCACUUCUCUCUCCUAUGAUUAAAUAGGAUCCUCCUUUCAAAACUUAUAAGCUCUGCACCGUAUAUACCUUCAAACACACAUAUACACGUAUCAACAAAUAGUAUAGAUAUAUUAUUUCUAAUACCAUGCUCGAUAACCCCAAGUGCUUUGAAGUUGAUUGGUGGAUACUCCAACUAAUCAACGGUAAUAAUACCCAACCAACUUCAAAACCCAUAGCGCCAUCGAAUAUGGUAAUGAAGCGAAAUAGCAUAUGGCGAUGGUAUACAUGUCUUGCUACAUGUUUGAGUGUCGCCGAAUAUCCUGUCGCUAAAAAGAUGUGGGAAGACUAGUAGAGAAAAAGUGUGUUGAUG